UGCCGCUAUAUACAGGAAGCGAAAAAGAAGAAAAAGGAAGGGAGUUUUUGACCAAUAUGGCAACACCGCCAUAUCCGUCAGCUCUAUCAUCACGGAGACUUGUAAAGCCUGAAAUCCUAAAAGGAUAUCCUGGCUUUAACCAAGUCUCUUGGAGAACUAUUAUAAAAGGAUUAUAUUUAUUAAUCAAAUAAAAUAAGUCUGAUUUCUUGUUUGUUAUGCUACGACAGUUCCACUGAAUUAUUAGGACUUUGUAAUCCAUUGUGAGAAGUUAAUAAUUGAGAAAAUACAUUGUAAAUGGCAUCGUUGGACGGUGGUAAAGUUGAAAGAAGAUUGAAAAUGAGAUUUAUUGGACGGAGAUGAUGAUGUUAAUACAUCUGAAUAUAGUUUAGAAGUGGGAGGAUGAAAUUUUGAUGCUUCAGCAUAAGAAACACAACUGUGGGCCAUUGUUUCUUUAAUGGCUUUCUGACGUGCAUAUUCAGGACAUUUCUUACUAAUUGCUGAAUGAGAACCAUUACACAAGAUACAAGAAACAUUUUCCUCAUCUACUUCACAUUUAUCACCUGUAUGAUUUAGCCUGCAUUUAUAACACCGAGGAUUUGAACGACACUGCAUCUUGACAUGUCCGAACCUACAGCAGUUAUAGCAUUGGAUAGUGGGGUAAAUGUACAAAUCUACAGUUAAUGAUGUGUAAAACAUAAAUACUCUUUUUGGUAAUAUUUGUCCAUCAAAAGUAAUAACAAUGGUUUCAGUAUUAAUAAAACUUGGUUGUCCUUCAUUAAUGGUCUUUUUCUUAAUUCUUCUGGUUUUUAGAAUUCUCCCACAACCUAUAGGUACUGAUAUAUUUUGGAUUACUUCCUCUUCUGUCCAAUCUUUAGGAAUACCCCUCACAAUUCCCAUAUGGGUUACAUGGAAAGAAGGUAUAAAUGCCUUAAAAUUAUGUGUUUCUAAGUUACUAUUAUUUAAAAAUGCAUUUGCAUUUUCAAAAUUUGAGAAAGAAAGCGAUAAACGGUUUCUUCCUAUUCUUUUGAGGCUACCAUUCACUAUAUUAUUUAUCUUAUUAGUGUGUAAAAAGCGACCAAAUGCAAUAGGAUGUAAUGUAGUGUUAUCAUUAGGAUGUGUUUCAUUUUUUUGUAAUUGAACGACAUAAGGAGCUACAUCCUCAGCAUUGUACAAAGUUCUGCUUAAAGUACUGGGUGGAGAAGCAGGUUUAACAGACUCGGUAUUAUUUACAACUGGUAUUGUUCGCGACAUUAUUGUAUAUAUAGCGAUAUUUAUAGCAAUGUUUAUAGUUAGUUGUUAAGUCCCUAGUUUAAUCGUUCUUGUAUACUGUUAUUUUAUAUAGAUUUUACAUAGAUUUAAGAUACCUAUAGUGUAAGUUAAAUAAAGUAUUCCUUUGUGUGUUGUCAUUAUUACCUACAAAUAGAAAUAGAAAUUGUAACAAUAAAUUGUAAAUUGUAAUAAAUAAAUAAACGCUAUAGGGUACCGAUCUGAAGAGACACGCGUCUCGUUCAUUCUCGCCCCGUCCCGCUCACACAGAUUCGCUAACGCGAGUUGGAAAUGUUAUCGGGCGAGCGGGCGGGUAUAAAGAUAGGCCGCCUCCCGUCAAGCGGCAUUCGCUUCCGGGCAGCGACGCACUACACUCGAGAAGAAAUAGGACAAGAAGAAAAAAUACUCUCUUCAGACGGUACCGGAGGCUUCAGAAUAGUAAUCGCUGUGUUUCACUCCAGCCUGAACCAACGCCCCUACAGUCCACGCUCACCGAACGGCAGUCCACACCGUUCAUCGUGGUCCUUCGAGAAGCCGGAUUGCUGGAGGAACACCGUUGGUACAUCGAGAAGCCGGAUCGCUGGAGGAAGACCAUUCUGAAGCCGGAUCACUGAAAUGCCGACUACGAGAAACAUGAAGUCAUCGCAACAAAAAAUCGCCGUCACCGAAGCCACAACGUCCGCCGCCACCACGUCGACUACGGCCGCCGGAACGCUGUCCGUCGCUGCCACGCCGUCCGUUGCUGCCACCACGUCGUCUGCGGCUGUCAGAACGUCAUCUGUCGCUGCCACGUCGUCUACCGCCGCCACCACAUCGACUACGAACACGUCCGGCGAUACGACGACCACAGGAGCCACGGAGACUACCGAAGCCACAGGAACGACAGAGGAGACAGCAAGGAAGAAGGAACCGAAGCACGGCACGGCACGCACGGUUCGCACCACGGCCUCGCAGAAGAAGAAGGCUCUGGCCAAGGCACGGGAGGAGCUACUUCAAAAGGAGGUGGAAUUGGCCGCUGCACGUGUCGCCGCCCUAGAAGCCGAAUCAGAGGACGACGAGGAAGUAGAAGACGACGACGCUACCGUCAGAAGAGAACGAACGUCGGAUUGGGUUCAUCGAAGCACGCUAGCACUCACGAUGGAGCCGCAUGUACCAGAGAUAGAAGAAGUCACCAGCAAGCGUCAGGGGUUCGUCCCAUCGAGACCCGUUGAAGAGGAUUCGAGAGCGCCGCCGCCACAGCCGAGCAGCGACGCACUUCACCGGGACCACGCACGCCACGUUGACCCACAUGCCGCCAUGCCUACGAUAGCAGCAGCGAUGCAGUCGAUGAAGAAGGAAGAACCGGUGCUGAAAGUGGGCAUCGAUUGUAAUGAGUUUGCGAUCGCCAUGCAGAUGGCCGCUCGCAACAUACUGCCCUCCACAGCGUCAAGAGUCACCGAGUUGCCAGUCUUCAAUGGAUCGUCGAGCGAGUGGUUACCAUGGAAGAUGGCCUAUGAAGAAAGCGCAAGUCAACACACAGAACAAGAGAACCUAGCAAGACUGCGCAGAAGUUUGAAGGGGGCCGCAAAGGACGCGGCACGCUCCCUAUUCGUCGGGUCUACGACCGCAGAAGAAGUGAUGAAGAUGUUAGCCGCGAGGUUCGGCCGCCCUGGAGCACUCGUCACAGCCGAACUGAACAAACUCCGCGCGCUACCACGACUCUCGGACAACGCAAGAGACGUCUGCCUCUUCGCAAGCAAGGUGCAGAACGUCGUCGCCACGAUACGAGCGCUGAACAAGAGUCACUACCUCUACAAUGAAGAAAUAGUGAGAAACGUCACAGAGAAGAUGCCGUCGGUACUACGCUUCAAGUACUACGAUUUCGCCAACGACCAACCGGAGGGACAACCGGACCUCAUAACACUCUCUCAGUUCCUGCAAAGGACCGCCGCACGAUGUGGAAACUUCGCCCCCGCCGAGGAGAUACCGUCCGAAGACCGGCGGGAGUCCGCUCCUAGGAAGACGGCGAAGACAUACACGACGCAGGAGAAACCCGCUACACCACCGUGCCCGAUGUGUCGACGAGAGGGACACGCUCCAUCGGACUGCAAGACGAUGAAGGAAGCAGACACAUCGGCGAGAUGGGAGUUAGCGAAGACUCAUAGGCUGUGUUUCCGCUGCCUCAAAGUAAGAAGAUUUCGCCACGCCUGCAAGAGCAAGAGAUGUGGAGUGGAUGAGUGCACGCAGACUCAUCACCCUCUGCUGCACACCACGCGACAACAGCCGGAGAACGAAGUGACAACACACGUCAUCGAGGACAAGUCCGCCGCAGUCGCCGCAUCGGCAAGGGAAAACGACAAGAUCGCGUUCCUGAAGAUCCUGCCGAUACGAGUCACCGGUCCCACGGGAACGUGCGACACCUACGCGCUACUGGACGACGGGUCGACUUGCACCAUCAUCGAGACGGCGGUGGCGGAGCGAAUCGGUGCUACGGGUCCCCCCGCACCAUUCUACAUGGAAGGUGUGGCCGGGGCACGGAUCAACGCAGCUCAAUCGACGCGUGUUCACUUCAAGAUCCACGGGCGGAAUUCACAAGAAUACACAGUGGGGGCACGGACGAUGGACAGACUGCAGUUAUCACCGCAGUCGGUACCGCGCAGCGUCAUCAAGGGCUGUCCACAUCUACAAGACAUAGAGAGGGAGUUGGUCUACGAAGAGGGCAAACCGACGGUACUGUUGGGGCAAGACAACUGGCACCUACUGCUGGCCCACGAAGUUAGAAGAGGAUCCGACACGCAGCCGUUCGCAUCACUCACCGAUCUGGGAUGGGUACUGCACGGUACGAGUCGCGGCAGGACAAGACAGCAGGUGCACAGAAUCAGCCACAUAGUGACGACACACGAAGAGGAACAAUCGAUGGAAGAAAUGAUGAAGCAACAUUUCGCGCUCGAAUCGCUGGGGAUCGCAUCGAAGAGGUCCUACAAUGAAGAGGAACGUCGCGCCCUACACAUUUUAGAGGAGAAAACUCGUCCGCUACCGGCGGGAAGAUACGAGACGGGGUUAUUAUGGAAGAAGGACGACCCUGUGCCGCCGGACAACUACGAAUCGGCAAUGCGACGUCUCCAACUGGUCGAAAGGAAAUUCGACAAAAACGAAGAACAGUGGCCGCGUGAAGAUAGUACGAGCGACGAUAGUCAAGCGGAAACGGGAGAAGAACGCGUACACAAGCUACAGAACGCGACGCAGUUGUCUAUAGCAUUACCCGAUCCGUCACGUUUUUCUAAUUGGUUGAAACUUGUUCGCAGUUCAGCACGGGUAUUGCAGUUCAUCGACCUCCUGCGACCGACCAGUCAACGCUGUACCGCCAUCCGAAAGAGAAACAAGAAGAAAGAGAGCGCCGACCCCACUUGGACCCGCACGAAGAAAGUCGAUAGAGAGAAGACGAAGAUGAAAAUCAAGAACAGUAAUAGUCCAUCUGUGUGUUUCAUCCCCAUAGACACACACUACCUCGAUCGCGCGCGACGGCUAUGGAUUCGCGCGAUACAACAAGAGGCGUUCGGCGACGAAAUCGCAGCAUUGAAACAUGGGAAACAGCUGCCGUCAUCCAGUCGACUCAUACAGCUGUCGGUCGUCAUAGACAACGACGACAUUCUGCGACUUCGAUCGAGAAUAGCAGCCGCCGCCGAUCUGUCAGCCGAGCAACGAGAGCCCCCAUCGUCGACGGAAACCACGCCUGGGUGCGCCUAUACAUCGCAUGGGUGCAUUGGAAACUUCACCACGGCGGCUUCGAGAUCACCACGAACGAGGUGCGACAACACUUGUGGGUGUUGCGCCUACGACACACCGUCCGCAGUGAACUGA